CAGACCGGUUCUGGAGACAAAAGGGGCCGCGGCGGCCGGAGCGGGACGGGCCCGGCGCGGGAGGGAGCGCAGCACCGCGGGCAGCGAGCGAGAUGCAGCUCCGAGGCUUCCUCCUCCUCGCCCUCCUCACCCUGCUGGCGCUCCCCGCCGCGGUGGCCAAAAAGAAAGACAAAGUGAAAAAGGGCGGCCCGGGGAGCGAGUGCGCGGAGUGGACCUGGGGGCCCUGCACCCCCAGCAGCAAGGACUGCGGCGUGGGUUUCCGCGAGGGUACCUGCGGGGCCCAGACCCAGCGCAUCCGGUGCCGGGUGCCUUGCAACUGGAAGAAGGAGUUCGGAGCGGACUGCAAGUACAAGUUUGAGAACUGGGGGGCGUGUGACGGGGGCUCGGGCACCAAAGCCCGCCAAGGCACCCUCAAGAAGGCGCGGUACAAUGCCCAGUGCCAGGAGACCAUCCGCGUGACCAAGCCCUGCACCCCCAAGACCAAAGCCAAGGCCAAAGCCAAGAAAGGGAAGGGAAAGGAGUAGCAGCCAGGUCUGGAUGCCCAGGAGCCCGGGGCCGGUGCCCUCCCUCCCGCAGGCCCAGGAUCUAACUACCAGUGCCUUUUGUCUCCUCGUUAGCUUUAUCAAUCAUACCCUGCUUCUUCCCUUUCAUUCCUCCACCAGCACCCUCAAGUGUCCCCGACGGGGAGGGACAGGGGAUUGCGGACAGCUUGAGCCUCCUGCCCCAGAGGGAUGUGAUUCCCGGUACCCCCUUUUGUUCUUCCCCACAAAGAUGCCAUUACUAAGAAAUAAAUAAACCGUCGUUUUUUGUUUUUCCCAAUAAAAGCUUUUCCUUUAAUAUAUAAAAGCCCCAA